CACUGUGACCGCGCCGCGUCUAUAUGAGCAGAGUGAGGCGCUGACUCGUUCCUUUUUCUCUGCCCACCAUCUGUCGGCGCUGAGCACAGAACAGACUGCUCCGGGGUCCCCGACACUUAAACCGCCAAAAUGAUCAUCUACAAGGACAUUCUCACCAACGAUGAAAUGUUCUCCGACAUUUAUAAAAUCAAAGAAAGCUGUGGUGGGUUGUGUUUCGAAGUUGAUGGCAAGAUGGUUACCAGAACAGAAGGCGAAAUUGACGCUGCCCUUAUUGGUGGAAAUGCAUCUUCCGAGACCCCAGAUGAAGGGACGGACUCAACAACAGUCACUGGCGUUGACAUAGUGUUGAACCACAAGCUUGUGGAAACUGGCUUCACCAAGGAAUCUUACAAACGAUAUAUUAAGGGCUACAUGAAAGCCAUCAAAGACAAACUUGAAGAAUCUAAUCCAGAGAGAGUAAAACCCUUCAUGUCAGGAGCUGCAGAGAAAAUAAAGGCCAUCCUUGGCAACUUCACUAACUAUCAGUUUUAUAUGAGUGAGAGCAUGAACCCAGAUGGUAUGGUGGCUUUGCUAGACUUCCGUGAGGAUGGAGUUACUCCCUACUUAACAUUCUUCAAGGAUGGCUUGGAAAUUGAAAAAUGUUAACCAACCUUGGAAUCGCCAUUUAUAGCAGAUUUCUUCCGCUUUUCAUCCAUAAAACAGCAGGAUUGGGCAAAGUUUCAAAGACACUGCAUCUGGACUGACUCCAUUGGGCUUCAUUCGUUUGUUUUUUGGCUCCUAAAUAAUUGCAAUGGGGACAUUUUUUAAAUUUAUGUACCCACUUGUCAUUGUGAAAUAAAAUUCAUUGUAACCCACUGAAAGGCAGUGCCUCUUGGUUUGGUGUCUCCUGGGAAUGUUAAUUCUAAGGGUAUAACCUGGGUUUAAGUUGGUUUGCACAUAAAUACCCUGCUCAUUAUGACUGUACUAAACGUGCACAAGGAUGUGGACCUUCUGUUAUGGACAACCUUCACAUAUAUAAAGGAAAUAACCCCUGGAUUUUCAAUUACUACACUCUUACAAUUUGCCUUCUCAGCAGCCAGUUCUAGCUGUUCCAUGUACUUCUCGCUUUUGGAGGGGGAUCAUGCUGUUAGCGCCAACUGAUAGAGGAUUAAAAUGACUGUUGCCUGCUCAAACAGGUUUUUCCCCCUCAUCAUGAAGGGAUCUUUCUUUUAAAGAGAAAUAUGACCCUCUAAAAUAAAAUCUCAAAACUC